GUGUUGGGGGGCACGGAGUGCUGGGGGUGCUUUUAGCCAGCCAAGGAAUCGCCCACUGCCAUGAGAGACUUCACCGAAAUCACGCUCUGCCCCGAGGCUCUGGACCACAGCAAGACCGAGUUCUGCAACCCUGUCUUCGAGGGCGAGGAGCCCCAGGCAGCCCCGAGCACGGAGCACCCGCCAGACAAGGAUGGGACCGGCCCUGCAUCACCCCGGGACGGCCUCGGCCAGCAGCUCUGGGGACAGGUAGGCUGGAGGUACCGCGCCGACUGCAAGUUCACCUGGCUCUGCGUGGCUCUGAUGAGCACCAUCCUGCUCUUCCUCAUCGCCCUCCUGCUGGGAAUCGUCAUCCACCAGCUGACGUCCCCACACCCACCCGGCACCCCAGCCACAGCCCUGCCCGCCCGUGGCACGGCCACCACCACCACAGCAGCCACCCCAAGGGACCCCCCGGGCCCCAGAACAGCUGCCACCCCAACGCAGAGCUGGGUGCCCACAGCCCGCACGGCAGCACCGGCCUGUGGAGGGACCCUGCGGGGCCCCGAGGGCUCCUUCAGCUCCCCCAACUACCCCGGGCCCUACCCCCCCGACACCCUCUGCAUCUGGCGCAUCGAGGUGGGCCCCGGGCUCGCCAUCCAGCUGAAGAUGGAGACGUUCAGUGUGGAGGGCACGGCCUCCUGCCUUUUUGACCGUGUGGAGCUCUACGAGGAGCAGGGCGUGGAUCCUGCCCCGGCUCGGAGUGGCCCCACCAGGUUCUGUGGCAACGUGGCCCCCCCGACCUUCAACUCCAACUCCAACCGGCUGCGCGUCACCUUCGUCUCCGACAGCAGCGUGGGCGCCCUGGGCUUCAGCGCCCGCUACCGCGCCGUGGCCCCCAGUGAGAAGAGCUGUGCCUGGGACGAGCACCUGUGUGACCAGGGGCUCUGCCUCCACCUGGGCUUCGUCUGCGACGGGUUCCACGACUGCACGGACAGGAGUGAUGAGGCCAACUGCAGCCUGAAGCACAAAGAGUGUGGGGGGCCACUGACCGCCUUGGAGGGGCACCUCUCCACCCCGAACCAUCCCCAGCCAUACCCACACCAGCAGCUGUGCCUCUGGCAGAUCUCAGUGCCCGUGGGCCACGUCAUCGACCUGCACUUCCACAACUUCAGCCUGGAGUCGCACGAGGACUGCAGCUUCGACUUCGUGGAGGUGCACGACAGCGCGGGCACGGGGGCUGCCAGCCUCAUGGGCAGGUUCUGUGGCCACCAGCUGCCACCCCCCCUGACCUCCUCACGACAUGUCAUGACCAUCCUGUUCGUGGCAGAUGAGGGAGUAGCAGACAACGGGUUCUUUGCCACCUACCAAGCCCGCAAUGCCACUGAGAAGACGUGCAGCCCCGCAGAGUUCUCCUGCAGGAACGGCGAGUGCCGGGCGCUGGAGUCGGUGUGUGACGGCUGGCACGACUGUCCUGAUGGCACUGACGAGCUCAACUGCACCGGGGUGUCCUACCCAGCCUUCGGGUCUGUCUGCGAGCCCGUGCACGUGGAGAUGUGCCUGGGGCUGGGCUACAACGCCACCUCCUUCCCCAACAUCUGGCUGGCCAUCCCGGACCAGGAGGGAGCCGCCGAGGUGCUGCAGGACUAUCAGACGCUGAUGGAGCUCCCGUGCUUCCAGCACCUCCGCCUGCUCAUCUGCAGCCUCUUCGUGCCCAAGUGCACCCCGGACGGGGGGGUCCUGCAGCCCUGCCGAGCCGUGUGCCUGGCGGCAGAGCUGCGCUGCAAACAUUCCCUCGGCCUCCUGGGCAUCCUCUGGCCCAUCAACUGCAACAUCCUGCCCGACUCCAACGACCCCGUGGAGUGCUUCCAGCCCUGACCCCGCAAGAGAAGAGGAGCAGGGGAUGAAGAUACCCUCCCCACCCCAAAUGUCCCUCCUGUCCUCCUCCUGGUGUGAAUGCCAAGCUGCUGGGGUGGCCCCCACCUGCAGCCCCCCUUGCCUGGCUCCUCACCUGCCCUGGGUCAGGCCCUCUGCCCACAGCUCCGAAUCCCUAGAGAGCAGGUGACACAUCCCACAGGGAAAGGCUUGGGCUGGAGGGGCUGUGCUGGGGGCACCAGGGAAAAGGCUAAUGUUCCCCAAACGGAGCAAGGCCAGGUAGAGGUGAGCCAGGCUGCAGGAAGAAGAGCCCAGGACUGCCCGUGUCCAGCAGCCCCAAAGCCAGUGGAAUAAACAGCUUCAGCAGCUGACAA